GCUAGCCAUUGAGUUCGACAAGGCCAACCGUGAGCUUCAGCAACGAGCCACGGAACGCAAGAGGGUGGACCGUAAAGUUGACAAACCUUACGGCAAAAAGAUCGCUUGCAACAAGAGAUUCAGAACAGUGCACAAGGCUUCUGCAGGUUGGGACGUCAACUAUGCUGGCUUGCUGCGAACUUGCUAUUGUCUAGGAAUCAAGGCAGCCAACGACCAAGCUGCUCACUUGUCGAGAGACAAAGACCAGAGUUUUCGCAGUGCCCAAGACAUGGUGCAUUUGUUCUACAAAAAGCACCGAGUCGUGCUGGCAUACGCUGAAAAGAUCCAUGCGAGCCAAGAAGUCUUCCAAGAUGACAUCGUGGAAGUGGAUACGGGACGUACAAGCGGCAAAACUGUUGGUGGAUCACGACAUCAUCAACGUCGUCUUUUGGCCCUGAAAGGUCGCUUGCAGAAGACUUGGGCAGUGCAUAGCUUGGAGACCAAAAUCAGCGAUGGUAAGAGGGGCUCACCGCCAGAGACAAAGUCCGAGAUGACACCGCUCUUGCAAGGCAGCCUAGGCAAAGGGGUGGUUGUGGCACCAGACAGUGCGCACGCUUGGCGUGCUGCCGCAAGUGGCCACGCACGCCUGACAGGCGUAAGUCCCCGACGCUUGGCUUGUGAGUACAAGAAUCGCUGGCGACUGGCUGGAGGGGACAAUGCCGCUGAGUCCUUGCUAGGACACGUGAAGAACGCAGGUCGUCGUAUGCAGACUGUGGGCAGAACUGGAUCGUCAGCUCUCAAGGAGGUGCAAUCUCUGGCUGCAGCUCGUUUGUUGCGUUGUCCUGGAUUACUGACUAUCCUCAAGGCGUAUCGCCAGUAUCGAGAAGCCGGCCUCAAGGGGCAGUUGCAGAUGUCACCGUCCCAAUGUUUUGAGCCAGAGAAAUGCGCAGUUCAACAAGAGCUGUCAACAGGGAUCAGGUUUCUCAUGUCUUGGAACCAGAUCGACUUCAAGGGCAAGAACGGAGUGCAGACCUUGCUGAAGCGCCUGGCCAUGGGUUGGGCUGGUUACUUGGGCUCGGAGACGCAGUACCGUUGCUCCGGCCCCAACGAGCGGUCGCUACAAGACGCAGCGGACGCAGCGGUGAAGCUGGGGAUAGGAGCCAGGGAGAUCGAAGAUGCGAAUGGUUGGGAAUUGCUGUUCUUCCAGAACACCUUGGAGGACCUCAAUGGGCGAUGCCCCAAAAACUCGCAGGUGGUUUACCACUACACCGAUCUGCCGAGCGCCAAGAGUAUCGUCCUGGGCCGCCGGGGGCUGCGCGUGUCGCGCGGCGGUUUCAAAGGCGGCGGGGUCUUUUUCUCGAAGAAAUCACCGGUGGAGGACGUCGACCCAGCGCAGGGCGACAGGCUCUGGCGGGAGCUGUUUCCUCGGUGGCGCGACCAGCAGCUGGUGCGGAACUACGGCGCCAAUGUGGCGCCAGGGCGGAAAAACCAGGUGGACGCUGUUUUGGUGUGCUACGUGCCCUUCAGCAUGCUCGAGGAUGUCAGCCAACGCAGCGAUGCGGCAUUCAUUUCCCUGGAGAAGUUCGAAACCUUCGCGGCCGAGUACUUCGCAUAUCGCAACAUCCCCAGGGCAUUUCGCUUGGCCUGA